AUUUUUAUAUAAACUUUCAUUAGUUUACCUGCUUAGCCACUAGAAGCAUCAGAAAUAAAAUUGCAGCGUUAAACUCUCUAGAAAGCAAAAAUGGCGAGCAGUAAUUAUAAUGGUAGUAAGGGCAAAAUGGUAACAGUUUUGAGCAUCGACGGAGGCGGGGUUCGGGGCAUAAUUCCCGGUGUCCUUCUCGCGUUUCUUGAAUCCAAACUUCAGGAAUUGGACGGACCAAAUGCGAGAAUUGCAGAUUAUUUCGACGUAAUUGCAGGGACGAGCACGGGCGGGCUGGUAAGCACCAUACUGACAGCUCCGGGGAAGGACAAGAGGCCAAUGUAUCAAGCAAAAGACAUCACAGACUUCUAUCUUGAACAUUGUCCUAAGAUUUUCCCACUCAAGAGGUGUUCUUGCUUGGACCAAUUCAUCUCAUUGGGUGGAUUAAUCAGCUCGAACAACUUCGUCGAGACGACGAUUAAUUUUCUGAGUGAUGUUUUCGGGCCUAAAUAUGACGGAAAAUACCUGAAAAGCUUGACAAGCGAGUUGCUAGGAGAUUUGACCAUUAAAGACACCUUAACUGAUGUGAUUAUACCAAGUUUUGACAUCAAGCUUCUUCAACCUGUUAUCUUUUCAACCGAUGAAGCAAGAGUAAAUGCUCUGAAAAAUGCUCGGUUAGCGGAUAUUUGUAUCAGCACCUCUGCAGCUCCAACCUACUUGCCAGCACAUUCCUUCACAAUCAAAAAUGGUAAAGAAUCUCUCAGUUUUGAUCUUGUAGACGGAGGAGUUGCAGCCAAUAAUCCUACUAUGCUGGCUAUAUCACACGUCCUCAACGAAGUAUUGCUGAACAAUCCAGAGUUUGUGGAUGUAAAACCAAUCGAGAGCAAGAAUAUGUUGGUUCUAUCUUUAGGAACCGGAGCACCAAAACAUGAGGAAAAAUAUGAUGCGGCUAAAGCAUCUAAAUGGGGUUUGAUAAGUUGGAUUAUUUGCAAUGGCAACAAUCCGAUCAUCGAUAUUUUCAGUCAUGCUAGCUCCGAUGUCGUAGACUUUCAUGUCUCUGCUAUUUUUCAGUCUCUUCAUUCCGAGAAUUAUUACCUUCGUAUUCAGGAUGACACACUGACCGGUGAUGCAACAUCAGUUGAUAAUUCAAGCGCAGAAAAUUUGCAAAAGCUUGUGGAGAUUGGUAAUGAGCUACUUAAGAAGCCGGAGGCAAGAGUAAAUUUAACGACCGGCAUACAUGAAACCAUUGUAGGAGGAGCUACAAAUGAAACCGCUCUCACUGAGUUCGCUAAAAAGCUAUCGGAUGAACGAAAACUUCGCCGCCAACACCAUCACCAACUCAACUGAAGUUGUUGUCGUCUUUCUAAUAUUACAUUAAAUAGGAGCAAGAUUAAUGAUAAUAAAUAAGCCUAAUGUUCCAAAAAGACGUUCACCUAUUAACCCUAUUCAAUUCUCAAAUUCACACUUUUAGUGUUUUCGAAA